AUGGUUAAGUUAGUUAAUAAGCACCGAAAAGAAAAUGGUGACGUGGACAGAAUCACAAUGGUUGAGUAUAAGUGGAAGGAUAAGGACUUGAAUAAAAAGUUUCAUAGUAAUGGUAAUGAGUACAACUACAAAUUGGAAGGUGUAGCUAUGAUUGAUGACAAAAGUUUACCGGAUCUAUUAAUUUAUUUGAGCACUCUGGAAAAGAUAAUUUACCAAUGGAAGGGAAAAACUUUCACUACUUUCGAAGUAAAUCUUUUCAUAAACAUUUUCAAAAAAAAAGACGAAAAAGGUGUUGAAGGUGUUGAAGGUAAAGGCGAAGUUGAAGGCAAAGGCAAAAGUGAAGGAGGAGGCGAAGGCCAAGACAAAGGCGUAGACUAUGGCGAGCCAGACGGCCUUCUUACCCAUGCUGAAUUAGUUAGCCUAAUAGACGACGAUUCAUUCCUAGAACCGAAACAUGAAGAGGAAACAAAGAAUGAAUUUAAUGAUGGAGACUCAAUUAACGCACUAUUCUUCUUGGAUGAAGGUAAACGUGAAGGCAAAGCGGAAAGUGAAGGUCGAGGCAAAGGCGAAGGUGAAGGCGAAGGUGAAGGCGAAGGCAAUGGCCAAGGCGAAGGCCAAGCAGAAAGCCAAGGCAAAGUACAAGAUAAAGGCGUAGACAAAGAUGGAGAUUCGAUUAAUGCACUGAUGUUCUUGGCGACCAUAUUAAAACAUAAACCGAAUGGUAAAGGUCUUGACAUGGUACAGCUAAGAAAAUGUUCCGAUUUGUAUACAUCGUUUUACGUUAAUCUUCCUACUGAUAGCGUAGUAGACUUAUUUCUGUCCUUACAAAUCGUUUCCAAUGACUAUGUUGGGUUGCUAUACGAAAUCGAACACGUUCAACCCCCGCUAAUGAGUUGCAAGAGCUACUAG